AUGGAAGCUGCGGACCUUAAAAUACUCUAUCAAAUUCCUUUACCCAAAAUCAUACUAACCAAGGAUUUAAUUUUAAAUUACAAAACGGAAAUUGGAAAUUCAAACAUCUUAAUUGUCAUUAUGAUAUCCCAAACAAUGGAUAUGGAAAUUAUGGAAGCCACUGCUCAAACAUUAAAUUAUAUGCGUCAAGUUCGAAUACUGUGGCUAGUGGAAAAUGUUAUUGAGAUGGACAAUUUCCGGGAAUUGGAACUGCAACAUUAUCAUUGGAAGAAUUUACAAAAUACCACCCUGACUACCUUUGUGGAUUUAGUAGCAACGCGUUCUCUUAUAUAUCAAGAUGAAAAGAAAAACAUCAAGAUAAAUGGUCUGGUGGCCAGGAUGAUUUUACUAUUUGCCGAGUAUUUUAAUGCCACACUACAAAUGUAUCUGUCGCUGGAAAAUCUGGAUUACGUUCCUCACUUUGACGUAAUCAACGAUAAGGUUGAUGCGAAUCUCUUAGAUGUAUCUAUGACUUUGGAUAAUUAUUAUCAAAAUCGUGGCCUAAACAUGUCUGAUGUCUAUGAAAUUGAUCAAAUAAAUGGUUUGGUGGCCAGGAUGGUAAUACUAUUUGCCGAGUACUUCAAUGCCAACUUGAAAAUGUAUCAACCUCUCGAAAAUCAGGAUAACAAUAUUUCUCACUAUGGCGUAAUCAGUGAUAUGGUUGAUGACAAUCUUGUAGAUAUAGCCAUGUCUUUGGAUGGUUAUUAUAAAAAUAGUUGGCUUAAUAUGUCUGAUGUCUAUGAAAUUGAUCAAAUUAUGAUAAUGGUACCACUUUCCAAUCCGUAUACUUUACGUGAAAUAUUUGGAAUUCUAUUGGAUUUCUAUUUCUUUGGUUUUAUGUUAUCGUGUUAUUUUCUAAUAUCCCUGGUCUAUUGUAUUUUGGAUUAUUAUCUGGAUGGAGUUUGGCAAUAUUUGAAUUUAGCAUUAAAUCCAAAAGUAUUUCCCGGUAUUCUGGGCUACUCCUUUCAAAUGCGUUCGUCCAAAUUACUAAGCCACAAAGUUGUUUAUAUUCUGAUUGGUUUUAUCGGCUUGAAUGCGUGUACACAAUUUUCGGCCCGAAUGAAUAGUCUCUAUACCACACCACCAUAUCAUUCUCAGAUUCAAACAUUCGAUGAUUUGAGACGAUCUGAUAUAAAACUACUCAUUGAUAUUGACGAUGUACCAAGAUUAAAAUUACUUUUGCCUGAAGUGAAAAUUAACACGGUUUCCACAAAUAUCACACACUUUUUGAAAGUCCGACGUGAUUUCAAUACAUCCUAUUGUUAUUUGGUUCGAACUGCACCAUGGUAUAUAUACACGCAGAUACAAAAUUAUUUUUCAUUUAAACUAUUUCACACACCGCGCGAUUUGUUUAUAUUGCACGUGACACUGUGGGGCUUUAAGUUACAAUUCAAUUCUCCGCUCAUGGAACCAUUGAAUUAUUUAAUUCAUUUAGUCCAUGCUUAUGGUUUGCCCGAGGCAUGGUUGCGCAGUGUAUUUACAGAUUUACUAAAGUUAAAGAAAAUUUCGUUGAAAAAUAUAAAUCCCAGCGUGGAAGUGACAUUUUUAACAGUUACUGAUCUCUUUUGGAUUUGGAUGCUAGUGGCGAUUGGUUGGAUUGUCAGUGCGUUUGUAUUUUUUCUGGAAUUGUGUAAUGAGUAA